CAAAAAUCAUCCCAUGCUCAUGGCUACUCCACACUUCUUCUCUUAAAACGCAGUCUGCUCACGGCCUUUUCUCGAUCUAACCUAUCUCUUCAGUCUGUAGUUCACGCAAUCACUCUCCAGAUUAGCGAUCAUGACUUUUGCGCAGGAUCCUACAAAGCUCGCCAUCAGCGUUGUUGUCGCUGUCCUGGCUUUGGGCAUCUACAAGGUGCUCCGGAUUGGCAGGCGGAAGCCUGGUAUGCCUCCUGGACCUCCUACCCUCCCCGUCCUUGGUAACUUCCACCAGAUCCCCUCCUCCGGCCUAUACGCCCAAUUUCGAGAGUGGGCGAAGGAAUACGGCCCCAUCUACUCUCUCAUGUUUGGCAGCUCCUCUGUCAUUGUUCUCACCGACCGAAAGGCAAUUCACGAGUUGCUCGACAAGAAGGGCGCAAUCUACUCCGACCGUCCUCCCAGCUACGUCGGUGGCUUGCUCACCCAGGGAGAUCACAUCGCGCUUGAGCAGAUGGACCCUGUCUGGCGUGAGAAGCGCAGAGUCAUCUCGCACAACUUCUCUCCCAAGAACCUCGACGAGAAGCAUUUCAAAGUCCAGGAAGCUGAGGCCGCCGUGCUUAUGAACGACCUUCUUACUCAGCCAGACAACUUCUUCAACAGUGUUCGUCGCUAUACUGCUUCAGUCGCAUCCGCCCUUGCCUUCGGACAUCGCGGCCCUACCUUUGACUCGUUCUGGGGACACUGCGUCUACGAUGUCAUGGACAGAUGGACCGAGGCUAUGGAAGCUGGUGCCAACCCUCCCGUUGAUGAAUACCCUAUCCUAAAGCUGAUUCCCAAGCGAUUCGCCUACUGGAAGCGACGCGCUAUUGCUGCCGGCGUCGUCUUUGACUCCGUCUGGGGAAAGGCGCGAAAAAUUGUUGACGACCGUCGGGCAAAGGGUGACAAGCGGGACUGCAUCAUCGAUCACUUACUGGACGAGUACAACGCUAAGGGAUGGCCGAUGUCUCAGCACGCAUUCAACAAUCUUGUGGGCGAAGUCGUCGAGGGAGCAGCUGAUACUACUGCUGCGCAGCUAUUGACCCUGAUUCUCGCUUUUGCCACACAUCCUGAGGUUCAGACCAAGGCCAGAAAGCAAAUUGACGCGCUUUGCGGCCCCGACAGAGUUCCCCGAUUUUCUGACUUUAAGGAUCUUCCCUACGUCAACCAAGUGAUCAAAGAGGGGCUGAGAUGGCGUCCUGUCGCUGUUACUGGCUUGCCGCACCGUGUUCGUCAGGAUGACAACUACAAUGGCUUCUUCAUCCCCAAGGAUUCCACAAUCUUCUUGGCCGUCUGGGCUAUUCACCACACUGAGGGUCUGUACCCCGACGAAGAUACAUACAACCCGGACCGAUUUGAGGGAUACGCCCGUCUCGCAAACGACUACGCCGGCAUGUCUGACUACACUCAACGCGACCACUACACCUACGGAGCCGGCCGUCGUCUCUGCCCCGGUGUGCAUCUGGCCGAGCGGAAUAUGUGGCGUAUUGCCGCAAGAAUUCUCUGGGGCUUCAACGUCGAGGAGCCGAUCGAUCCCGAGACUGGCAAGGUUGUGCAUCUCGAUACCCACCGCUACAACCCUGGUAUUUUGCAGGCUCCUCUCCCGUUCAAGGUCAGGAUUACUCCGAGAAGCGAGCAGCACGCGGAGACUAUGCGGAAGGAACUCGAUGGAGCGCUGGAUUUCCUCAAGGCUUGGAGGUAAAUUGAGUGUAUCUACCUUCUUUUGUGGAUUUAAUCAAGUUUAGCAGUUAAUCGAAGUUUACGUACGCAUCUUUAUCUUUAUUGUCUCCUUGCUAGGUUGCGUAGGUCACUCUUUAUCAGUGACGAUCUUGUAAUGAUUUGUAAGUUGUAAGUGUAGGGUUCGUGUUAUCUCAAAUUGAAGCUGAAACUACACACUAUUGGAUAAC